CCUGCCAAAAGUUACUUCAACCUCACCAAGAUGGCCGCUGCGCUAGGCAACUCAGUUCCCUUGUAGUUUUGUCGGAAUUAAGUUAAUCCUUUUCGUUAUGGACAAGAAAAAGAAAACGUUCGACGUGACGGUAGCGUCGUUGGUGGAUCUGAAGGCAGAACUUUAUCGGAAACAGGAGGAGUUCAAGCAGGAUAAACUACUGAAAGAAGCAGGGGCGCCAUUUAAAGCCAAGCCAGUCAACAAGAAGCCGAGUAUCUGGAUCAAGCAAAAUGCAGGUGUUUUAGAUCGGGCUGAGAAGGAUAUAGAAGAAAGUAUUGAAGAACAGAAGACUCUCGAUAAAUCAAAGCAGAGAUUGGAGGAAAAAGCAAAACUUUAUGAACAAAUGACAAAAGGGAACUUGCCAGAUGAAGAAACAGAAAGCAUGUACUUAGUAGAUUUCACACAGAAGAUUUUUGACAAGCAGAAACAGUUGCAGGCUCUACGUGAGAGCGAGGCAGCAAAGAAGACAGCGAAGAGUGAGAAAGAUGAGGAUGCAGUGCCUGAGUCUGAACUUCCACCACCACCGAACCCUGAUGAGGAAUGGAUUGACUAUGUGGAUUCUUUAGGCCGAUCCAGAAGAUGCAUGAAGAAAGAUUUGUCAGGACUACUUGCUAUGGAUAAAGAUCUAAAAGGAUCAAGGCAAGAAGUGGGAGAAAAGACGUUGCUUUCCGAAGACAUGAGAAGGGAGCUUCAGCGGCAGCAGUGGGAAAGAGAGGAAGAGGAGGCCCUGAACAAACCAAUCGGACCCAUGCACUACGAAGACAUCCGGCAAAAUGAGGCUCGAGAACUGGGUGUAGGUUAUUUUGCCUUUGCUCGUGAUGAAAGUGCCAGGAAGAAGCAGAUCGAGACCCUCGACAUGCUGAGAGAACAGACAAUGGAUCAAAGAACCAAACGAGAGAAGCUGAAGGAGAAGCGCAAAGCCAUGUUGAAUGCUAGAUUGGCGAAGGUUCGUCAGAGGAAGAUGAAGAAACUGAAAGGCGAUGGAAUUGAAGAUACUGCAGAGCUGCCAGAGCAGAAUGAAGAUGAAGAGAUUAAGGAAUUGAUAUCCACAGCAGCAGAACCAGAGGUAAUGCAGAACGAAGCUACCUGCCUGAGAAAUAAGGUGGAGGUUGUAACACAGGAGCGGAAGGACACAAAACCUGGCAUACCUCACAUCAGGGAAUGGGACAGAGGAAAAGAGCAACUAUUCGGACACUGGUCCAGGAAUUGCCUGGAUCCCAGGGAUGAGAGGCCAUCAGAGUUUGCACCCCCUUCAGAGUAUUAUAGUGAUCUCAAGAGGUCAAAUAACUACGGAGGCUGGAAGAAGGGCCAACCCAGAUAUUCCUAUCAGCAGACUGAACAAACUAGAGGACAGCAGUACACAAAUGUGGGGAAGUCUCAAGCAAAUUUGGAACAGGAUCAAUCUGCAAGAUUAAACUCCCUGGAUGAUAUGCUGUCUUAUUACAAACAUUCAACCUAAGCAGUGAUAAGCUGCAGGACAAGGCAACAUGAAAGGACCAUUCUACCCUUAUCCUAGCUGUCACAGGUUGCAGAUCAGAUUAAAAACCUUCUCCAUGUA